AUGGCGGAUGAUUACGGUGUCUCUAUAUCUUACCAAAAAGCAUGGAGAGCUAGAGAAAAGGCAAUUGUGGAUGCUCGUCGCCGCCCACAAGAAUCAUACGGAACAAUCACAGACCUAGUAACAGAUGAAGAUAACAAAUUCAAAUAUCUAUACUUUGCAGUAGGUGCUUCAAUAAAAGGUUGGCAACACUGUACACCAAUUAUAGUCACAGAUGGAACCUUUUUGACAAACCAACAUGGAGGCACUUUGUUGAUAGCAAGUGCACAAAAUGCAAAUAGACAUAUAUUCCCACUUGCAUUUGCAGUAGUAGAUUCCGAAAAUGACGGCUCUUGGGAAUGGUUUCUUCACAAAAUAAAGGAAACUUAUGGCGAAAGAGAAGGUCAAUGCAUCGUAUCGGAUAGACAUGAGAGUAUACUAAAAGCAAGAAAAGAGACCUUUCCAGAUAUAAUGCAUGGGGUAUGUUGUUACCAUUUGAUGAAGAAUAUAAAAAUGAAAUUCAAAAAAGGAGGUGAUGAGCUCAAGAUUGCAUUUAAUAGUGCAUCUAAAGCUUACAACAUAGAAGAUUUUGAAAAGAGCAUGCAAGACUUGGACAAUAUAGAUGUAAGAAUAAGAGAUUACUUGGUGAAUGAAAUUGGUGUCGAAAAGUGGACAAGACUAUAUGGCAUGAACAGGAGAUACAAAACAAUGACAUCAAAUAUUGCCGAAUCGAUCAAUGCGGCCUUGAAAGCAAGAAGAGACCUACCCAUCGCAACUCUACUAGAAUGCCUACAUUCAUUGGUGCAAAGAUGGUAUUGGGAAAACAAGAAUAGAGCCCAAAAAACUACAACAACACUGGCAAAAAUACCUGAAAAAACAUUAAAGAAACAAAGAGAUAUGAGUUUAAAGUACAAGAAACCUUCGGUAUACCAAGUACACGACAACAACGGAUCUCACAUAGUAAACUUGGAGAAUAAAACAUGCGGCCAACGAUUUGAAUAUGAUGAAAUGCCUUGCUCUCAUGCAAUCGCUGUACUAAGCAAAAGGAACCUGUCUUGCUACAAAUAUUGCUCAUACUACUACACGAAAGAAGCUUUUAUGGCAACAUAUGAAGACAGUAUACUCCCAUUAGGUGAGGCAACAUCAUGGAAUAUACCAGAUUUAAUAAGAAAUAUUGUAGUCCUCCCACCUAAACAUAAGAGAGCUGCCGGAAGACCAAAGAAACAACGAUACAAAAAUGGACUUGAAGCAAAAGCACAAGUGGUAUGCGGUCAAUGUCACCAGAGAGGACACAACAAAAGAUCAUGUAAAAAUGACCCAGUACUAAAACCACCAAGAAAAAGAAAAAGAUCAUAA